AAGCAUAGACUACCAGCUUUGUUGCUGCAGCCUCUGAGAGCCUCCAAUUUACCCCGCCAUCAUGAGGACCGUGCUGCAGAGAGUCAAGUCCGCAUCAGUUACAGUCGACGGUCAAAUCAUAUCAUCUAUUGGUAGAGGAGUCUUGAUCCUGGCCGCUGUCUCCAGAGAUGACUCGGAGAAAGAGAUUGAGUCUAUGGCUGCUAAGGUCUUGAAGACCAAGCUUUGGGACGACGAGUCGACAGAUCCUGUGAGCCGAUGGAAGCACAAUGUGAAAGAGAUUGAUGGAGAGGUCCUUUGCGUCUCUCAGUUCACAUUGUACGCAACAACAAAGAAGGGCAACAAACCAGAUUUCCACGCUUCUGCAAGUGGAGAGAAGGCUAAACAGCUGUACGACCAUUUUUAUAAGCGGAUACAGACCCUGCACGGCGAAGAUAAGGUCAAGAACGGCCAGUUUGCUGCGAUGAUGGACGUUGCGCUGAUCAACGAUGGCCCAGUCACUAUACAGAUUGACAACACUCCACCCAAAGCGGAAAAGGCGACCAACGGCAGUGCAUAACACCACCUCUAUUUCCCCGAAAUCUCACAGCUCCAAGCUGCUUGCAAGACCGACCAGGAGACGGUGCGGUCGAUAAGGCUCCCAAGUGACAGUAACAUGAGACUCUAGACUAGAUGCACUUGUACAAUACACAACGCGAACAAGACCUUCAGGCCCUUCAAACCCAAGCGCUGAGCCGAAGGGUUCAGAUGCAAUUUACUUUUGACUGAAAGGUGCGUGGGUCACGAUGCCAAAACAGCACAUGGGGUUCUCGUCCACAAACGUAGUUCCAUAGCGCCAAUGCUCUGACUACCUCAGGCUGGGCUACUAAAAUAGGCUGUGAGGACUGUCGCUGCUUCUGCGAGCCUCUCAUCGCACUCUCUGUGACGAC